AUGGUUUGUACUCCAAAGUCUCAGAGUAAAAACGUGACUGGCGCGGAUGGAAACGUGUUUCUAGAGAAUAUUUUAAGUUAUUAUGGUCAAAAUCAAUCCAUCUCAAUUGAGAAUCUGGAUAAUUUACUGCUGGUAUUAUCAGACAAAAAAUCUCAGGCAAUAACUGAGGGAAAUCCACUGGCAGCCGAGGAGUGUCCCUCAGCUGAGCAGAUCUUGUCCCACUUCGGGCUCAGUAAUGUCAGUCAGCUGACUGUGGGACAUCUGGGGAGGAUCUGCCCCGCUGUGUUGACCCAGGUGCUGCUGCCCUCCUGCCCCUACAUCGACUCCAAAGCUCUGCAGCCCCUCGACUACUCUGUGUGGGGUUAUGGGUUUCUGGCGGUCACUGUGAUCAACCUGGCGUCUCUGCUCGGCCUCUUCCUGAUCCCCUUCACCAAGAAGCCUUAUUUCCCCAAAAUGCUGACCUACUUCAUCGGCCUCGCCAUCGGGACGCUCUUCUCCAACGCCGUGCUUCAGCUCAUACCGGAGGCUCUGGGGUUUGAUCCCAAACUGGAUAACUAUGUGGGGAAUGCAGUUGGAAUAUUUGGAGGGUUUUAUCUCUUGUUCUUCGUGGAGAAGAUACUGAAAAUGUCUCUCCGGGUUGACGUUGAGCACAACCACAGCCACUUCGCUCCUGCCGAGCGGCCUCAAGAAAACUCCCUCCACAACGGAGACUUGGUGGAGAAAAAGGACUCCCUCGUUUUGACCAACAUCAACACCAUCACCACAGACAAGAGCAGCCUGAACCCGGAGGCGAACGCAACACCUUCUCAGGACGCCCAGGUGUCCCCUGUGAUGUGCCACUGGCUGCGUGGGCAAGACAUCUCCAGCAUCAAGACGGUGGCGUGGAUGAUAACGCUGAGCGACGCGCUGCACAACUUCAUCGACGGUCUGGCAAUCGGCGCCUCGUUCACCGUGUCGGUUCUGACGGGCUUCAGCACGUCCACCGCCAUCGUGUGCGAGGAGUUCCCCCACGAGCUCGGUGACUUUGUUAUCCUGCUGAAUGCUGGUAUGACCGUCCCUCAAGCCAUUUUCUUCAACAUGCUGUCAGCGGUGUCGUGUUACAUCGGUCUUGUGUUCGGCAUCCUGCUCGGAAGCAACUUUGCCCCCAACGCAAUCUUUGCCAUCGCGGGAGGAAUGUUCCUGUACAUUGCACUGGCAGACAUGUUUCCAGAGAUGGACAAGAUAUUACAGGAACAGAAGCGGACUUCCACCAAGAUCAUCUUCUUCGCGAUCCAGAACGCAGGGCUGCUCAGCGGGUUCGCCAUCAUCCUGCUGAUCACCAUGUUUGCUGGAGAGAUCCACCUGGGCUAGAAAGGCGAGAGACAGAGGAACCAAAACUAGAAAGCUAAAUAUAUGUUCUCAAUGAGCUGCUUCUGUUUCCGCUCACUCAGCUGGGCGGGACAGUGAAUGUAAAGUGAACGAAUGCUUUGUACAGACAAAACCAAAAUGUUUAAAAGGACAAAAUAAGGCUUUUUAUCUUUUGACUAUUGAG